AUGGGAGCACCAUCAGAAGAAGAAAAUGCAUCCAAACAUCAUGCCAUGUUGAGCAAUGUGUUGGGAAGUGCCAAUGCUGCAAAAAAGGCCCUUGUCUAUAGUUAUGGAAAAAGCUUUAAUGGGUUUGCAGCCAAGCUAACCGAUGAAGAAGCAUCAAGGUUUUCGGGAAUGGAAGGAGUGGUAUCGGUUAUGGACAAUCAUAGGAUGCAACUUCACACGACGCGAUCAUGGGAUUUUAUGGGUUUCACCCAAGACAAUCUUGGUUCAAGCGAAAGCGAUGUUGUAGUCGCUCUUAUAGACACUGGUAUAUGGCCGGAGUCGGAGAGUUUUAGUGACAAUGAUUUGGGUCCACCUCCGGCUAAAUGGAAAGGAGCUUGUCAAGGAGUAAAUUUUACAUGCAACAAUAAAAUUAUUGGAGGGAGAUAUUACAACAGUGAGAAUUUGUACGAUGUAACCGACUUCAAAUCGCCAAGAGAUUCUCUCGGCCAUGGAACUCACACCGCCUCCACGGCCGCCGGCCGGCAAGUCACCGGAGUCAGUUACUUGAACCUUGCCAAAGGUACCGCCAGAGGCGGUGUUCCUAGAGCAAGAAUCGCCGUUUACAAAGUAUGUUGGUCCUUCGGUUGCGAUUCAGCCGACAUCCUCGCUGCUUUCGACGACGCCAUAGCCGAUGGAGUCGACAUAAUCUCUGUCUCACUCGGUUCCGAUUUCCCCUUCGCAUUUUCCGAAGAUCCGAUCGCGAUCGGUUCUUUCCAUGCCAUGAGAAACGGAAUCCUAACUUCAAACUCCGCCGGGAAUUCGGGGCCUUAUCCGGUAACUGUUUGUAACAUUGCGCCGUGGACGCUUACAGUUGCUGCAAGCACAAUUGAUAGGAAAUUCGUUGCGCAGGCUGCACUUGGAAAUGGUCAAAUCAUCUCUGGAUUGUCUGUAAAUAACUUUGAGUUGAAUGGUACUUCAUUUCCAUUGGUUUGGGGAGGAGAUGCAGCAAACUAUACAGUUGGUUCUAACCCAGAAAUUUCGAGCUUUUGUUUUGAGGGAUCCAUGAAUUCUUUACUAGUUGAAGGAAAGAUUGUUCUAUGCAAUGGUUUAUCAGAUGGGUCUGGAAUUCUGUCUGUUAAUGGACUCGGUACCAUUAUGGUAGACUCCACUUACUCUGAUUUUGCCUUCAAUUACCCAUUGCCAACCACUGUGAUCAGUAAUGAAGACGGUAUCAAAGUCUUGGAUUAUAUAAGAUCAGAAGAGAACCCAACUGCAACUAUUUUGGUUGGGGAGACAUGGAAGGAUGUGAUGGCUCCAAUUGUAGUAUCAUUUUCUUCAAGAGGUCCAAGCGCGAUCAGCCCGGACAUUCUCAAGCCUGACAUUACUGCUCCCGGAGUGGACAUUCUUGCUGCUUGGUCACCUGUUUCACCGCCUUCCAUAUACUAUGCUGACAGCAGGAGCGUGAACUACAAUAUAAUCUCGGGUACAUCAAUGUCUUGCCCUCACGCAAGUGGUGCUGCCGCCUAUGUGAAGGCUGCCCACCCUAACUGGUCUCCUGCUGCCAUCAAGUCUGCUCUCAUGACAACAGCCUAUGUGAUGGACCCAAACAAGCAUCCGGACCUUGAGUUUUCGUAUGGAUCUGGGCACAUAAAUCCACAAGGAGCUGUUGAUCCAGGGCUUGUUUUCGAUGCUUCUGAAACAGAUUAUAUCAACUUCCUCUGCAAACAGGGUUACAAUACAACCACAGUUAGACUCAUCUCAGGUGACAACAGCACAUGUGAGAGCACCAAUCCAGGACGUGGUUGGGACCUAAACUACCCAUCUUUUUCUCUUUAUGUUCAAGAUGGAGAAGUGAUCAAUGGUGUAUUCCCAAGAACUGUCACCAAUGUGGGUCUACCCACUUCGACCUAUAACUGUACCAUUAUCAAUCCUCCUGGCGUGAAAAUCACAAUUGAGCCUUCUACUCUUUCAUUUUCGGCUGUGGGAGAGAAGAAAUCAUUCACGGUGACUGUCUCGGGGCCAACCAUUUCCCAGCAACCUAUUGUAUCUGGGUCCUUAACAUGGUCUGAUGGAUCUCAUUCAAUUAGAGCUCCAUUGGUAGUCUAUAACUAUUUACCUGGUGCUCCUUAUGAUCUUUCUGAUUCUGUUAAGACUUUCAAGAAGCCUACUCGAAAAGGGUCUUCAAUUUAUCAUAAGAAUGGGAUCUUUGGGCGUCGCAAUUGAGCUCUAUGUCAUUUCGAAUCCUUCUUUGGUUGAGCUUUCAGAGCUCUUGUAGUGCUACAGAAAAAAUGGAUCUUGUGUUCAAUUUUCAAUAAAACUAGAUCCUGUUUCAUCUC